AUGGCUUUAGGUGCGCCUGCAUCGUCAGUAAAUGGCGUCAAGCUAGUUGACGAGGCCUUUAUCCGCGCGGCCAUAGACAAGUCCAACCUCAACGCUCUGCGCCUCGCGUUGCUCCAAGUUACGGGCGAUCCUGACCUGGCCAAGAUGCGCACGAAGCGACAUGCCAUCCGAGGCGGCGCCAUGUUUGCGCAUGUCAUGGACCCUGAAGACGUUCCAGCACUCAAGGAAAAGGCUGUGGCUUAUCUCUCGAAGCGGAAGGCCGACGAUGUUUUGCCUCUGCCGCCGUCCAAAGCCGAGGCCAGAAAGCUGAUGGAUGUCUUUGGCGACGAACCCAUUAGCGAGCGCGAGUUCAAUUACAACUACGAGGAGUUGGCAUACGAAGAGUUUCCUCGUCCAGCAAAAUGGACAGAAAAUAAGCCGUCUACCGACAAGAUUAACGCUUUCAAGAUUAUCGUUAUUGGCGGUGGCAUUAGUGGCCUCGCGGCUGCGGUGCAGUUCAAGCGACUGGGGCUCAAUUUCCAGGUCCUCGAGCGACAGGGAGGCGUCGGCGGAACUUGGCUUCUCAACUCGUACCCAAGUGCUCGUGUAGACACGUCCAGCUAUCUCUUCCAGUUCAAGUUCGUCAAAAACUACCCUUGGUCAGAGUACUUUGCCUCGGCAGGCGAGACACUAAAGUACCUCGAGGAUGUGGCUGAACGAUAUGACGUUAAAGAUCACUUUUGCUUCCACCGCGAGGUUGUGGGCGCUGUCUGGCACGAGGAUGAGAGUGAGUGGGAGCUCACAGUAAAGAAUCACGCCGAUGGCAACACGGAAACGCUGAGAUGCAACGCCGUCGUUAGCGGAAGCGGCCUGUUUGCCACGCCCAACGAGCCAGACAUCAAGGGCAUCAAGGACUUCAAGGGUCCCAUUUUCCACACAGCUAAAUGGGAUCAUACAGUUGAUUAUAAAGAUAAACGUGUCGCCUUGCUCGGCACAGGAUCUACGGGCACGCAGUUGACGCCAGCGGUGGCAUCCGAAGCCAAGACGCUAACCAUCUUCCAGCGCACGCCAAACUGGAUCAUGAACAUGGACGGCUACAAAGACCGCAUCGAUGACCACGUACGCUUCUUAUUCGACCGCAUGCCAUACUACUGGAACUGGCACUGCUACUCGGCCCAUGUCACGUCGCAACAGCUGCAGUACAUGCAGACGAACGAUUUGGAGUGGCAGGCCAAGGGCGGCCUGAUUAACGAGCGCAACGACCUGGUGCGCAGGAAUCUUACCGAUUACAUCCAGUCCAAGGCUGAAGGCAUUCCCGGGCUGCUCGAAAAGAUCCUGCCCAAGCAUGCGCCGCUGGUUCGCCGACUGGUUGUGGACAACGGCUUCUACGAUGCGCUGCGACGCGACAACGUCGACUUGGUGGCGGACGAGAUCGACACAUUCACUGAAAGAGGCAUCAAGACGGCCGACGGCGUAGAACGAGAAUUCGAUAUGGUCGUCCUUGGCACUGGUUUCAAGGUAUCGCAGUAUUUCUGGCCGUGUAAAUACGUCGGCCGAGACGGAGCAACCUUGGACGAGCUGUGGAAGAAGGACGGCCCGCGGUCGUAUCUCGGGCUCGUGAUGCCAGGAUUCCCAAAUCUGUUUGCCUUCUAUGGGCCAAAUCACCAGCCGCGCUCAGGAGGAUUCUAUUCCUGGGCUGAGAUAUGGUCGCGAUAUACGGCCACAUGCCUCAUACAUUUGAUAGAGAACGGCAAAACUUCCAUCGAGUGUCGCAGGGACGUCUUUGACCAGUACAACGUCAAGUUGGACGAGGAGGCUAAGACUCUCGUCUGGGAACAAGAGGGCUACGGCUACUACGUCAACGAGCAUGGCCGCCAGAGCGUCAAUGUGCCCUGGCAUACAGCUGACUACCAUGACAUGGUGACAAAGCCUAAUUUUGACGACUUUGAAGUCAGGUAG